AUGGUUGAACAGCAGGUACCGCUGCGGUAUCAAGACAGAAGGAAAACGGAAAUGCUCCGUUUCUUCGGGGCCACAAUGGUGACGCUUGUGAGCUGUCGGUUGUUGAUGGGUAAAGUAGCCCCCAAGAAAGUUGAUAGCUCUUUGUUAAGACGGACUAAUUUUAUGAGCAAUCAUAAACCUUUCACUGGGACCACAAGCGAGAAAACAGGGAAAGACAUAUCGAUGGGACUGCUCUACACCACAGGUAUGAUAACAGGGCUGAUCUCCAUGGGUAUAACUGGUUCCUGUUGGAAUAACGAUAUAACCACGGUUGAUGAGUUUAGAGAACGGUUUAGACUCGAUAAGGAAUACCUUAAUGAUUAA